UGUAAUUCAGCGCACAAGACACGGAUUGUUAUCCCAACGUUUAUCCUUUCACUUUCAGCUCAGCAAAACAAACUGAGCAAUGGCGGUUCUGAUCCGCUGCUCUUGCUUCCUCGCACGCCCUCGCUUCUCACAACCUCAAUUCUACGCCAACAACCCCAAACCCCUACUCCCAGGAAAACUAGCUUGUCUUUCUCUGAAACCGGACAAGGGUGUUCCACUCUUUAAGGAUACGUUUGAUGGGUCUUCUGAAAUUUCAAGUUUGCUGCAUUGCUCAAAGUGUAAGGAAGAUAUGCACCAAAGGUUCCCGUCACUGAUAUUUGUGGCUAGCAACAUUUUGAUGUUCUCCAUGCCUAAUACAGCUUUGGCUGAAACGUGUGAAACUGAUAACUCUGUUUUCAAUAUGCCUGUACUGCUGGAAGUAGCUCUCAUUGGAGCAUAUUUUUAUGCAAAUGAUAGCAUAUUUGUUGUUACAUAUUACAAGAUAUUCCUUCUUUUAUUUGUUGCCUUAGUUCAUAUGUUAUAUGAUAAAGGACUGGUAUAUUAAUACUGCUGAAAGAUAAUUUUGCACAACUAGAAAUCUUAAAAUACAUCAGUUUUUUUUAGGAUAAGCUACAUGAAACUUAGAGGUAAAGAGAUUUAACCAUGUGUGAAGCAUGAAUACCUCUUGAAAGCUCAUUGUGUGUACCUGUUGUCUUCAAGGUUUCUCGUAUAUUAUAAAAUACGGGACCUUUUAUUUAUCACAAAGGGACACUGAUCAUAUAUGCAGAAACAUUUUUAAUCAAAAAAAGAAGAAAGAAG